GUGCCGACGUCAGUUGAGUUCGAGAUUUUAGAUUGCGCGGGUCGGCAUCAAAUCGGGUGUUUUCUUAGACGUUUCCGGUACGGUACAUACCAUUGGAUCUCAUCAGCGUGACAGGUGUGUAGCAGUAAGGUGGUCCAUCAAUAAAUAUUGAAGGAUAAUCGAAAGGCAUGCAUCAACUAAUUAUUGUGGAACCUGGUACGGUUGGAUAGAAGGAUGGAGUUGAGUUUUAAGACGGUUCAUCAAACACGCUUUGGUUAUUUUUGGAGGAAAUUCAGUCAGUGAGUGUUACAGUAAUAAUUGUACGCAAGAGAAAUUCAACAAUCUGUUCUUCGGGCAGCUUUCUGGUGGUGCGUGAUGAGAAAAUUGUGAAAACAAACGCCGAGUUAGUAAAUAAAUAUUUGAAAGAUUUUUGAAUGUGAUAUUUUUGGAUUCGAUCCACAUUUGGUGGUACUAAAAGAGUUGUUGCAAAUACAAAAACGAAAGGAAAAAUCAGUGAUUUUUUGACGAGAAACGGUUUAACGCAUUGUAUAGUGAAAAUUGUUUUAAAAGGGAUAGUGAAUAGAAUGGAAAAUAAUAAAUGUGGUCCGACAUACCUGGCAUACCGGUCAUCAAUAUCGUAUACAAUUUGAUCAUAACACGAAAAGCUGUUAGAAAAAUUUCUAGCCUGAUAUGCGAGGUUGGGCAAUCGAACCCAGAUACUUGUUCGCGACUAGCCAGUACAUCGUACCAACGUUGGGCUUUUUUUGAAUCCGCCACUCAUUCUAAAAAGCCUACCUCUACAGUGCAACAAUCCAAUAUUGAUAAUGCACCCAACGAACAAUUCCGAUGCCAAAAAGUCCACAUAUGUUGGAACGCGUAGAUCGUCCACAUCGUCAUCGUCCAGCGGGGGGAAAUCAAAAUCUAAGCCAAGUAAACAGCACAAAUCGAAACACAGCGUAACAAUAGAAACACAAACGAAAUGCGUGAAUCCAGCGAAGCGGUCUACAAUCCAUAAUUGCGAUAAUAACUGCCAACCCACCGACAUCAAAUCGAAAAUUGAUGAAGCAUCGGAACUCCGCAGAGCGCUCCGUAAUGUAUAUUACAUGUUGAUAGCGUUGGUGUGCUGUGUUUUCGGACUUUCUUGCUUGGGACUAAAUUACAUUAACGGUCGAUUGAGCGAAAAGGUUCUGAUGAAAGCUGACUCUUCUCUUCCGCAAGCUACGAUAACCGAGCAAAAAGUGGAAGAAAUUGUGAACAACAGUUUGAGAAAUUACUUCGAUCGAUUUAGCCAGGAUUUAUUAGCACACUCGCGAACGUCAGCUGAUUUUAGCUCUGCCUUACCUUACUUGGGAGCCAUUCAAAAAGUACAAAACGAGCGAAAAUUCAACAGCGACCACGACAAAAUUCGAUUAAAGCGAGAUCUCAACCUUUUCGACGACAAUCUUGUGCCAGAUCAAGAAGGUCCUAAAGUUGAAUUUUUCAAUCCGAAGCUGCGCAGCGAGCUGGAAAAGAAAGACGCUGAAAUUAUCAAGAAAACCGGACUGAAAGGAGCAGCCCCCGGUGGUGAUACAUGGGUUUGGCUAACGAGCUACUCUCGAAUUCCAUUUGAUGCAAUUACCGGUUUCUGUCGAGCAACGAAAGAAUACUGCCCGCCGGGUCCUCCCGGUCUGCCCGGUAUCCCCGGACCAAAGGGUAAUCGAGGGGACGUUGGUCUGCCCGGUCCGGCCGGUAUUGAUGGGCGCGAAGGAAAACCUGGUCCACGUGGCCCCAAGGGAGAAAUCGGUUAUCCGGGGAAUCCGGGGCUAGAUGGAAGGGAUGGCGUACCAGGAGAACCGGGACUUGAUGGUGUUCCUGGACGAGCCGGAGCUGAUGGUAUACCUGGUCGUGAUGGAAAAGACGGUACUCCUGGUAUUAAUGGUCAAAAUGGGAUAGAUGGAAAAAAUGGUAUUCCCGGACCCAUGGGCCCUCUAGGACCGCCAGGUGAUCCAGGACCAAGAGGUCUGCAUGGACCACGUGGUAAAUCGGGACGUCCGGGCAUUAACGGGACACCAGGAACGCCAGGAAUAAAUGCCUGGAAGAUUAAGGUCAAUGAUACGUUCUCAAAUGAAUUACUCGUGCCACCUACAAUAGCAGGCGCUGGAACACCGGAAGCGCUCCGUCCGAUUGUGGUAAAAGAAGGCACUCACCUGAGGCUACGUUGCGCAGCCACUGGAACACCCAAACCUCACGUCGAAUGGCGACGUGAGGAUGGAAAAACGAUAUCCAAUGGUGCAUGGCAAGCAUCAUCAAUGGCAGGGCACACUCUCAACAUUACCAAAAUCAAUCGUGUGCACAUGGGAGCUUAUCAAUGUUUGGCAGACAACGGGAUUCCACCACCAGCCAACCAGACGUUCAACAUCGAAGUUCAUUUUCCUCCACUGGUACGGGUGCGGAAUCAAAUGGUGUACGCAAACAAUGGAUCAACUGCUACAUUCGAGUGUGAGGUGGAAGCAUUUCCGGAGGCUCUGAAGUACUGGGAGCGUGUACCUGGGGGUCGCCUUCUAGAGCCAGGAGACAAAUAUCAAAUGGAAACACACAAUGACGGGUACAAAUCGAUAAUGCGGUUAAAUAUCACCAGCAUUCGGCUGGUGGACUUUGGCGAGUACCAUUGUAUUGCCAAGAACGAGCUUGGUAUAAUACAGGCGGAGUUUCAUCUAAUGGAACAUUCGCCGUACAUCAUCCAUCGACCGGGUGGGCUCGGCGAAACGCAAGAGUAUGGCAAACCACCACCGAAGGUUGAGUCAUACGAGGAUAUCUGCGGACCGCCGACCACGUGUCCAGAGUGUCCUGAUCCGAGGGACUUCAAGUGUAAAGACACAAUCGUUUCGUUGUACGAUCUGGUAGGAAACCUGGAAAUCAAGCAAACUGGUAAUCUUAGUUAUCCUGGAUUACCCAACAGAACGAUAGAUUGCGUAUUGUAUGCCGUAGGAAAGCCAGUGUAUCAUAAGUACACCGACCAAAACUACGGUGCAUGGUUGAAAGACGCUGCAUCAAGGAACGAUGCAAUUGAAAAAAAGAUUUGGGCUACACGGGAGAACGACACGAGUCGUUUAUUUGAAUUCGCCAACAAGACCACUUAUCGAAACAAUGUAGCCACUAAGACGUACAGAUUGGAUAAACCAUUUCGGGGAAAUGCUCACGUAGUAUACAACGGAUCAUUCUACUACAAUGAGAGGAACUCACCACGAAUCAUAAAAUAUGACCUCAACUCUGAACGGCAAAUAGCGGUCAAGGAGAUCGAAGGUGUUACCACGAAUGGCUCCAAUUACCUAUACACGACCGAGUUCAACUACAUGGACUUCAACGUAGACGAUAACGGCCUGUGGGUUAUCUACAGUACGCUGGAAUCUAACAACACCAUCGUCGCCAAGCUCAACGAAUACAACCUGGAUAUACAGUACAGUUGGAAUAUUAGUGUGAACCAUCACAAAGUGGGCGAAAUGUUUAUCGUGUGUGGUGUCCUCUAUGCCAUCGACUCUGUAACAGAGCGCAACACAAAGAUUAGACUGGCACUGGAUUUAUAUCACAGCAAGCUACUCGAUGUCAGCUUAACGUUCACCAAUCCGUUCCGGAAAACCACCACGGUGGGGUAUAAUCCUAAAAAUAGGGAACUGUACACGUGGGACCGAGGUAACCAGUUGACCUAUCCUAUCCGGUAUCACGUUGCUGACUACAACACAACAGCCAGUGAAAAGUCAGAUGAUGCCCUAAAUCCGCAGAUGCAGACCGGAUACGAUAUAUUUCACGAUCAUGAUAACGGUUACGAUGGUGCUAAUUAGAAACCAUAGGAUACUGUGAAGAAAAGAACCACAAAUAUGUGCAGAGGAAACUUUGAAUGGAUAUUUUUCACAAUCAAGUAGGUAGCUUUUUUGAUUGCUGAUUAAUAGUGUUUGGAAUUGUAAUCAAUCUGUCUUGUGAAAUGUGUAUCUCAACGGAAGAAUUGAGUAUAAAAUGCAUGAAUAUUUUAUAAUAAUAUAUAGGAAUAAAUAAGAUAUUUUGCAGAAUAAACAUUGA